AUGCGAGACAAUGUUGAUGAUCCUAUCCAUCGCGACUUUCUCAUCAGUGCACGACUCAACCAUUUACACGUUCUGUUCCUCCUCAGUCGAGUGCCGAUUCCCCGUCUCAACGAACCCAAUGACGCCUUGGUCGAUGUUGCCUGUCAAAUGCUCCAGCUCGUGGUAGAAACAAUUCUGAUACGGGAUGAGCUUGCUAACUCUGGGACUACUGUUUCCUGGAAGGUUGCCUAUUAUGGUUUGCCUGCUGCAGGAAUCAUUAUUCUGGCGACUCUAAGAAAACCAGCAGCCAGCGACAAAUUGCGAACAUUGAAUUUUCAAGCUUUCCAAGAUUUGGUUGUAUUUGGCUCGGAGCUUACCAGAGGAACGGUAGUCAAACCUGGAGAUCCCAACUAUGCUUUGCUUUUGAAGGCGGCCCAUACAAUCCAUCGAUUCUUGGACUUUAUCCACAGCGGUGAAGAAAGUCAGGAGGUACCUCAUUCACCACAAAUUCUGCAGUCGCAAGACGAUGAGUUGCUCUACAUUCCCGAGCUGGACCCAGACUUCUGGAGUUCAGAGGCUUCUUUCUGGGAAGGCCUUGCGGAUCACCCAUUCCUGGAUACUCAAUUUUCAUAG